AUGAUUCAUAAUUUCUUCAAACUCAUGCCUUGGGCCAACAAUCCAAAAGAAUGGGCAUGCUACACAAAAACGGUGGGUAAAGAUGGGAUUUAUCGAAAAUCUCCAUCUCUACGUGCGACCCUCCAGAGUCUUGUUGUGCGACACCGGUACGAAACGGUCAAAAAAGAGAUCACUCUUCCACCGCUGUACAACAAAGUGGUGUACCUUGAGCCGACUUUCUACGAUAGGCUAUAUAUCAACAUGUUCCUCUUUACACUCGCAGUUAACGCCAUUACAUCUGAACGUGAAGGUCCCGACUAUCUGUUUUACGAGAGUGACGAAAAAAACAAGAAAAACAAACAUAGACACAAGCUCACUGAGUUGAUACAAAACUUACGUCUGGCUGGAUUCUGGUGGGCUGGCAAUGACAAUGUCCAAAGCACUGUCGACAUCGCUCUAGAAUAUCUGGAAGAAAACCAAGAGAAGAUGACCGUGGCAGACUUCAACCAAUUGCAACAGGGAAUCCAGAUCGGACGAAAGGCAAUGAACUCUCCUGGCUGGAAUGGGUUCAAAAAGAUGCAUGAGCUUGGAGUCUUCGUUCGGCAUUUCCCAGAGCAUGCUCGUAAUAUGUGGGCCCUUGAUGCCACAGGCACCGACCACGAGCCUCUGCUCAUGGGUAUGACCCAAGCCCGCCGCGCGCAAGAAUUUGUGAUGAACCAUCUCUGUAUGUCUGAUCCCGCCGACGGCCUCGCAGGAGAGGGUAUCAAAGUUCGUCGGGGGCUAGUUCAACACAGCCAGACAGCUACUCCGAAAAAGAAAGACAAAGACCAAACUUUGAACUUCCAUACUCUCCCGGAAACCUCGCCGUUGAAACAAACAAAGCUGGAAGGAGUAGCAUCGGCCAAGCUUCGGUACUUGUUAGACCAAGUGCUGAAGUUCGAAAAAACCGAGAAAAUCAUCAUCUUCUAUGAACACGACAACGUCGCGUCCUGGGUCGAGCAAGGCCUGGAUUUAAUAGCAGUCAAAUUCCGCACCUACGCCAGUACCGCGAGUAUGGGAUCUAAUGUCAAAACCGAGAGUCUGAGCGAAUUCCGCGAAACCGAAGAGGUCCGUGUUCUACUGAUGAGUGUCAAGCAAGCCUCGCAUGGCCUCCACAUCCCCGAAGCCUCACGGAUGUACAUCGUCAACCCGAUUUGGGAACGUAACGUGGAAAGCCAAGCCAUCAAACGAGCCCACAGAAUCGGCCAGAAAAGACCAGUCUACGUUGAAACCCUCGUCCUAGGCGACACCCUCGAAUACCGAAUGCUCAACCGCAGCAAAAAUAUGACCGCCGAGGAGACAAAACACGCGGGAAAUAACCCGCUUCAAGAUAGUACCAUGAGCGACAUCAUCAAGAAUGAGCCCUUUUUGCCCAUGCCCGACGAGGCUUCGGCCGGCAUGGCUCCUUUGACACAUCCACUCGGACUAUUUGAUCGGCAUAAAUUGCCGAUCCCCGAUAAAGAGAAGGUCCGUGCGUCCAAGCCAUCGGGGCAGAAACGGCCUCGGGGUUUGGAGUCCGAUGCCGACUCCGAUUCGACUGGUGUUCAGGGGCCAUCUGCCCAGCGGCGACGGAUUGGGUUUGCGGAACAUGACCAGGUCAUGGGCGAGGGUGCUGUGGAUGUGGUUCCUGCGCCGCUGCAGCCCGUGCCCGGGUUGAAUACGGGGUCUGAGGCUGGGAUCCCUGUGUCUGGACCUUCGCAGGAUGGCUUUGUGGAGCAUGGGAUGGUUACUGGGGAUGGUGUUAGAGUAUCUGGAACAUCUGGUCCAGUGCGAUUCAGGCCGAUGCACUCUGUGGUAGAUAUGACCGGGGAUAGUGUUGAAAGGCCACCCUCCUUGUUUGGGCCGUUCCGGCCAUGA